CCCCCACCAUGGCGAAAGAGAGGAGCAAGAAAGCUUUGCUAGCGCUGCUCCAGAAAGAAGGCAACGACAUCUGUGCCGACUGUGAUGCUCCCGAUCCAGACUGGGCCUCCCACACUUUAGGGGUGUUCAUCUGUUUAUAUUGUUCAGGGAACCAUCGCAACAUCCCACAUGUCAGCAAAGUGAAAUCCGUCCGUUUGGAUGAAUGGGACAAUGUGCAAGUUGAGUUCAUGGCUUCAACGGGAAACAGUGCAUCGAAAGCAACGUACGAAUCAAAAAUCCCACCGUUUUAUUACAAGCCAAAUUUUUCCGAUUGCGCGUUGCUACGAGAACAAUGGAUCAGAGCCAAAUAUGAGAGGAAGGAAUUCAUUUACAUUGAGAAGCAAGAGCCUUAUUCUGCAGGGUACCGGGAAGGAUUUCUUUGGAAGAGAGGCCGUGACAACGGGCAGUUCCUGAGCAGGAAGUUUGUCCUUUCAGAACGUGAGGGCGCCCUGAAGUAUUACAACAAAAACGACGCCAAAGAACCCAAAGCAAUUAUGAAGAUCGAGCAUCUAAACGCAACGUUCCAGCCGGCGAAAAUUGGGAACCCGCACGGCCUGCAAAUCACAUACUUGAAAGACAACAGCACGAGGAACAUCUUUGUUUACCAUGAAGAUGGCAAGGAAAUGGUGGACUGGUUCAAUGCUCUCCGCGCCGCCCGCUUCCAUUACUUACAAGUGGCGUUCCCUGGAGCGAGUGACAUUGACCUGGUGCCAAAGCUUACUAGGAACUACCUGAAGGAAGGUUACAUGGAAAAAACUGGGCCAAAGCAAACAGAAGGCUUCAAGAAGCGCUGGUUCACCAUGGACGACAGAAGGCUAAUGUAUUUCAAAGAUCCUCUGGACGCCUUUGCCAGAGGGGAGGUUUUUAUCGGCAGCAAAGAGAACAGCUACACUGUCUUAGAAGGGCUCCCGCUGGCCACCCAGGGUAAUCACUGGCAGCACGGCAUCACCAUCGUCACCCCGGACCGAAAGUUCCUGUUCGCCUGCGAGACGGAGAGCGACCAGCGGGAGUGGAUGACGGCUUUUCAGAAAGUGGUUGGGAGGCCCAUGCUGCCGCAGGAAUACGCAGUGGAAGCCUAUUUCAAGCAUAAACCUUAGCGGCAUCAGGCUGGGCAGAACCAAGACGUGAAAAUCUGUUUACAACACACAAUGACAUUGUUUGUUCUUUGCAAUGCUCACGACAACAAAAUAUUCAGCGACUCACACUGGACUAGGAGAUGGAAGGUGCUAACGACGGCGGUUGUGCCAUGGACGAUGGUUCUGCGGAGCCCAAGUGGACGUUUAGGAAAAAUAAAUGCAUUUCCUAAGCUAGGGGAGAUGCCGUUUUUUAUCUCUCGGGCCGUUUGAGGCACUUCUCUUGGGGACGUUGACUUUGCACAUUCAUCCUGCGCGUCUCCUCGCUCUAUUAGGUAAGGAAUUGUCCCGAAGACUGAGCAUGCCGUUGGCGCGGGGGGCAGAGAAGGUCUCUCCCAUGCUGCUGUUCUUGCCCUUUCCUCUUGGCUAAACUGUAAGGAUAACGCACCUUUGCCCGUCAUCCUCUUCAGCGACCGAGGUUAUAUCUUCAGCGGAGGGCAGCCAUUAACAUGACUCCCCUCCCCCCAAAAUCCACCAGUAAUGAACAGCGUUAAUUCAUUAGCAUUUGACUCUGCAAUCUGUGACUGUGUCAACCAGAAAGGAGUAUGUCGCUGAAAAAGUGAACCACCAUCUUGUUUUCAUAACCCAGGAAGCCAUCACUUAAUAAAAUUGUUUUGCUAGCCACUAAUACUCAUUUUGGGCCGGGAAGGGGGGAAGUAUAGAAUCACAGAACAUGGAUGGGCUCGCGUGGAAGGAAGCUUGACGCUUCAGCCUCUCCAUUGGAUCCCAUAGAGCUUAAAAGUGCUUAACUUGGGCUGAGUCGUGUCCCCAUGCAUUGGAAUUACCAGCUCACUGGGUUAUUGCAGUGGUCCGUGAAUGGGGAAAUGGAUGCAGACUUACCCUGCAGGCAUGAAAACAGCCAUAGGGCUGGAGAGUCAUUUCCAAAGUCUCUUCUAUGCUUCUGCAUUGUAACAUGGAACUGACCUUAUCACAUCAGCAAAGCCCAUUGUUCUGAGAAAAUUGGGAGGCGGGGGGGGGGGGGGAAUAGGGCUUCGGCCACUGGAAGGGAGAACUCACUGAAGGUGAUCUGUUAGAAAUGGAUUAACCCUUUCCAAAGAGAGCCUCGGCUGAUGGGCAGUAUAAAAAUGUAAUAAAUAAUUAAAAAAAAAAAAGUGCAUGAGGCCACUCUGAGACCAAUUUUGGCUAAGCAAGAGGCCUUGUGCAGUUUUUCAUGUAUCACCUGAUUGCUGAACCAGCCUUCCUCAACCUGGUUCUCUCCAGGGUGUGUCAGACUACAAUGCCUAUAGCUGCUUGGGGAUUCUGGGAAUUGUAGUCCAACACAGCCAUAGGGCAACAGGUUGGGUAAAGGUACCCUAAACUCUGUGGAGUAGCAGCAGUCCCAGAACGCCCAGUAAAUAGGGCAAGAGAGGGACCCAUCCGUGGGCACCUUUAACCGAAGAGACCGGGGUGAGCAGACAGGGGGUGGCCCAGAUUUCACUGCCCAGUCGACUCGUAAGCCAAGCUGCGUGGCAACUGCCACAUUAUUCUGGAACUAUAUGUGCAAAUUAUAUAAAAUUUAGCAUCUGCGUCUUUCAAGCACGGGCCAGAAUGAUCCUAGUUCAGACUAAGGGGACGGCAAAGGUGGUGCCGUGUCUUCGGUUGAAGGCUUCCUCCAACCUCCACACCUAUUGUCCUCAAAGCCACUGGCCCGCCUUUCCGUGCAUCUGCCACUUUUUUUGACAAGCACACCGCUGCCAUGAUGUUGGAGAAUGUUGCGCCCCAUCUUGGUAGUAAACUCGGACGAGUCGCCACCCGUAGUUCGGAUUUUUGUACGAUUUCGCGAUGUGUGUAGAAAUGUUGCCAGUGAUGGAUUUUGGUGUUGUUGUUUUUUGCGAGAGAGCAAAUACGUCCGCGUGAAUUCUAACGAAGUAGAAGAAAUUAGCUAUUCCCAAAUAGAUUUUUUUUAAAAAAAUGCAUAUGCUCAAUUUGAGCGUGAUGUAUCAUUAGCCUGUCUGAAAGCCCGGAGAUGAGCCUGUGUUGGUGGCAAAGUCCCGCAGAGACAGAAGACACUGAAUAAACACUGUGGGCAUAAUCCAGCAGAGAUUGGGUGAUCUUAUCCUACCUGAAAUCAGCGGUCUCCAAGCGCUCCUGGAAUUUGUGUUGGAUCAAGGCCAAGCAUCAGCCCAGGGUGGAUGAAGGUCUGGCAAAAAUGACAAGUAGCGUGUCAAGAAUCAUAGAAUUGUGGCGUUGGAAGGGACCACAAGGAUCAUCUAGAAUCCCUCUGCAAUGUGCUGGAAAACCAAUAUAGAAUCAUAGAAUUGAGUGUAUUCAAACCCUGGUUUAAACCAGGUGUAAAGAACCUAUGGCCUUCAAGGUGUGGAUGGAGCCCCAACUCCCAUUGGCCUCAGCCAGCAUGACCUCAGGUUUCUGAUAUGGCUCCAAUUGCACACAGGUAAUCACACUCUAUAACCAGGUGACCUCAGGUGGGGAAGUCUACCUGAAUACCCCAUCCCAUCUACAUGCUCUACGCCACUCCAUUGGAUCCCGAUCAUCAUUGCAAUAGGAAUGUAUAUUCAAAUCAGACUCUGCAUUCGCUUCCGGAUGCAGACUUCCGGUCGAAUCAGGAUGACCGUUCACAACUUGCUUGGAGCGUCCAGAUCUCUGAUCCACACAAAGCCAGCCCUACCAUUCGGUAAAGUUAGGCGGCUGCCUCAGGCAGCAGAUGCUGGGGUGGCGAGGCAUGACAUGACAGAGCUGUGCGUGGCCGUCGGUCCGUGCUGCACCUCCUUACCCAGCCUAGCUCUGGUAAAGGAUGCUGUCCAUCGCCCGUGUUGAAAGAAGAUUCCGCUGCUGGUCUGUACGUGGAAGGGUGGUGGUGGAGGAUGCCGUCUCGUCCUGAGCCUCAAAAUCUCUUGGUCCAUCACCAAAUUACCUGUUCCUCUAUACCUGCGUUCAAGUUUAGCCUCGUCUUGUAUUAGGUUGCAUCCUUUCAUCACCUUGGGCAGAGCCUCAAUACGCCAUUUGUUUCUGGCACCAGAAAUCGCCACCUUGGAGGCCCACCUCCUCCUCCGGAGAAAACCAAAAUAAUCUACCGGAAAGUCCCUUCCAAAUGAACGGCACCUGGGCAAAAGCAGCUGAAUGGAUGAGGCUCACACAAUGGGGAUGUCCGUUCCUGCUAGUUUGUGGCGCAGGCAACGUGAUGGAGGUCAAGAGUUUUCCAAACAUCCAAUACCUGAAGCACGUUUGGGAGGAAUGAAUUGGGGAGUGACACUACCGAGGGGACGUUCCGAGUAAUGGAAACCCGGUUUGCCGCCGUUGUCAGGAAAGGUCCUGUUGACAUAGGAAAAGGCCCCCCAAA